AGCUUCUCACUUCCACGUUCACCCGUAAAUACUCUUCUUCUUAAUUAAACCUUGCGUUUGGUUGCCUAGAAAGUUAGACAUAGAGAUCUGAAGUAAAGAAAUUUUACAAUAAACACAGUUUCAACAAUUGUAAAGGCCUUGGCCUUAUAUUUUCCCAGUCACUUGAGGAUUUUACAUCCAAAUACAAAUUGGGUUUCUUUUUCCCUCGUUUUCUAAGCUGCCAAACAAGCCCAGGGGGUCCUUUUUUUUUUUUUGUUCAAUUCAUUCAUUACGUCUGAGAAUUCUGGUGGUGUUGUUUCUCUGAUGCAGAAAAUUGAGGUGAAAGUUGAAAAUUCAUGGCGUUUGAACUUCGCUAUUAGGUCACAGGACAAGUCACAGUCUCAAAAUGAAAGCCGUGGUCACCGGCGAGUAUGGAGGCGGAGAAAAUUGACAAAGAAGGAUGACAUGUUGCGAUACAAAUUGGAAAGAAUCCCUUUCCUUGAGGAGCAGGUGAGAAAGAUAAGGGAAGGAGGGAAGCUCUUGACAAUGGACAUCGAAAGACUAUUAUUGUCUGAGGAUAACCGCUUCGAUUUCGUGAAUGAGGUGGCUGCUGAGGCUAAACAGUAUGUUGAGAACAACCGAGAUGAGUAUGGUGCAAAGAAAGCUAUCCUUCAUGUGCUUAGCAAUCGUAUGAAUGAGGCUGGUGUUUAUCGCCCAGAGGCAUACAUGGAGUCUGAUCCCUUCAAGCCUGGUCCUGGAUAUCUAAGAGAGGAACUUUAGGGUGGAUAUUCAACACUGUAGCAUUAACUUCACGAUGAAACUUGUCAUUUCCACUAAAUUUUAUUUUCAAUACUGCAACUUCGCUAGAUUUUCUUCUUCUUUUCUUUACGUAUUAGAUGAACUACUUGUCUACUGCAAAAGUAUCCACUGUUUCAUGCUCUUACUUGAAGCCAGUGCAGAUUGCCAAUAAUUUUAGCAAAGGCAGUGCUUAAGCAGACGAUGUGAAAAAUAGGGAUGAUAUGGUACAUGGGGAGCUAGGAGAGGAAGGCUGCCCUGCUCCGGGUUUAGGGG